GAGGCUCUAAUAGGUUUGGCGCGUUUUUCAUUUCGAAUCUGAAAGGAAAUGACGGAGGUUGGAAAUGCCGCAACGAGUGAUGAAUCUAUGAAACUUGCCGUAGCGAUUUCACUUCUCCGUUCUAAGUUUAUCAAAAACACUAAACACUCCUCCAAUGCUAUCUCUCCUUCUCAAUCGGAAAAUCUUCUCCGUUGGAAACGAAAGGCUAAGGAAAGGAAGCAAGAGAUUCUACGCCUCAAAGAAGAUCUGAAAGAAACUCAAGAUGCUUCGCACUGUGAUCUAUUUCCUGAGAGUGCUUCUUGCAAGUGCUAUUUCUUUGAUAAUUUAGGGAAAUUAAGUCCUAAGCAUGAUCGAAAUGAUUCGAAUAACAGAUUCAAUGACGUGCUUCGCCGAAGAUUUCUAAGACAAGUGAGAUUUAAGGAAAGGAGGAGAAGAAUUGGAUCUUCAUCUUCUUCAACUCAGCAACGGCUUUCUUUAGGUUUAGUUGAGGAGGAUGAAACGGAGCAGCUUAAGGCGUCUGUUGAUUUUCUUAUGGAGCUGUGUGAGACUGUAUCACCUGUGGAUGAUUCAAAGUUUGCAAACUUGGCACACCAAUCCGUUGAAUUUAUAUUGGGUUCAUUGAAGAAUCUUCUGUCUAGAGGAAGGAACCUGGAACUUGUUGAACGAACUAUCAACAGCUUAGUUACACGUUUGACUGUGAAGAUGUGCUCAUACUUGUCAGAAAAUGGAUCUCAAGACAGUGGCACCAAUGCACAGUUCUGUAUUCAGCAUUUGGUCCGUAAACUUGGAAGUGCGCCCUAUAUUGGCCAACGGGUUAUACUUUCAGUUUGUCAAAGAAUUUUGGUGUUAGCAGAACGUUUGCUUUUCUCUGAUCCUUUUGAUGAAAAAUUUCCUGACAUGCACGAAUGUAUGUUCAUCAUGAUCCAGCUUAUUGAGUUUUUGGUGGCAGAUUACUUACUAGAGUGGUCAAAAGCUGAAGAUUUUGACACCAUGCUCCUUGAAGAUUGGAUGACAGCAAUUAUUCAGGCAAGAAAAGCAUUAGAACUUCUGGAAAGCAGAAAUGGACUAUUCGCGCUUUAUAUGGACCGUGUCACAGGUGAAUUGGCAAAGCAUGUCGGUGGAGUCUCAUUGCUUCAGAAGGUUAAACCGGAUAUUUUUAAUCGCCUGUUUCACUAAACAUUGAUUAAACUGUGAGUAAGCUUGAGCAGGCUAUGCAGAGUCCUGCAAAGAAAAAAAUCUCUUAAAAAAUGAGGCAAUUGAUGUAAUAAUUCAGCAUUUGGUGCCAGGACUUGUGAGCUGAAAUGAGAAUGUGGGAAAAGUCAUACAGUGCCAAGACUUGAAUACUUUUAGAAGAUUGAAGAAUUUAAUUAAAUAUUUUAGAACUUUAUUGUAACACCAAUGACUGUUGAACCCUUUUAAGAAUCUUGAGAUAUGUAAUGUCAAUGACUACUGUAUGGUACUGCUUAAAUUCCUUGAUUAUUUUGGUAUGUAAUGUCCAUGCCUACUGUGAUGGUGUAAUGUAAUGCCUAGUGGUGCAUUCUUUGGCUACUUAUUUUGUAAUCAUGACUAUGUAGCACUUUGUGCAUAACUUUAUU